CUUUCAUUCAUCGCCUCGACAUGUCACAAUUUUCUUUCGUCUUUCUAUUGUGUAUACCUGUGAUUUUAGUGCACGCUCUAAUACUGUAAAGUAAAUUAGAAGCUUUAUGAAAAUUGAACAUAUUCUCCUUUACUCUGCGUUAAAUUUACGAGUGGGAAUUCGUGUGAUAAAGCGAUUCAGUGUCGGUCGAACAAAUAAAUUGAGGUGAUUGUGAGUACGGAUUUAGAGUAUCUGAAUCAAUAAUUUUUUUGUGUAACGUUUCAAUAAACUUUGUGGUUACUGUUAUUGAGUUAAAAAUGUCGGAGGUCCUAUCGGGUCGUGUGUCUAAGCAUAGGAGGGACCGUCGCGUUAAGAAUAGUACAGUACUGAGAAUGAUGGCAAUAAUGCAGGAAGGGAAUAGUGAGGUACCGAAGGAAUUUCUGGAGACUGGGAGGACGGGGCGCAGGAACGCUAUGCCGGACAUACUGCAUCCGCAGAGCGCCGAAGCCAGCACAGCCGACCUGCCUUCCAGACUGCAGCAGUUGACUGCCAACGACGGUGAGGCUCCGCAGCCUGGGUCGUCAAACCUCGACCAGCCGGUCGUGCCGGAUCCUAAAACACCCACUAAGAAAGACGACACACCCAGUUGAACUGCCUACCAUACUCGCGGUCCCGAAGGACUACACUGGACUUGCCCAAAGCUAAAGUAAUCUCAAUCAGGUAAAUAGUAUUACUAAGCACUGAGUAAUGUAGCCCCACCUUAUAGGGAUGGUAUGGUGUACAAAUGUAGCUCUUAUGUCUAGUUUGACAAGAUAGAUUUUGCAUAAUUGUAAGUAAUUAAGAUUUGUGUACACGAGCGCUUUGUCGAAUUUAUAUUGUUUGAAAUUAUUAGAUUGUUUUCAUUAGGUCUUUGUGUGGGCGUUAAACGUCGUGUAAAAAAUUGUUUGUUAUUCCUAAGUUGAAACUGAAAGCAGCUGAUUGUGAAUGUUAACAUGUAUUAAAUGUUUUAAAUAAACAACGCCCAUAUGUCUUAUAGAUUAAUGGUAACGUUUUGUAUAAAAGUGAUUGAUAUUUAAGAGUGUCGAUGUAAAGAUUGGAAUUAGACAAUACUGAUAUAUGAAUAGAAAAUGGAUUGAGUGUUGAUAGGCAGUAAAUAGUUGAUUUGGUAAGGAAUGCCAGCUUUUGCACUCCUGCCAAGCAAUUACGAAGAACAAAAUUGUCUUACAGUAAUCACUGUUAAAGCAGAAUAUUGCAAUGCGUAACAAAGGUCGCACACAAGGGUACUGUUGAACGAUAUGUUUUUUGUUCAGUGUCCUAAAGCGGCCCAAUAGUAGUAAGUAGACGAGCUUUAGUUGUGAAUGCAUGACAUUCUAUACAGAUAGCUUUAACAGUACUUAGCAUUUACUUGGCACAGUCAACGUAAAGGGAAUAUAAAAACGUAACCCUUUAUUUACCGUCAGGUAAUAAAACACAUUCAUAUCAGCUAAGCUUAGUUCAAAGGAUAGAAUGGCAGUACUACUUAAGUAGACUGCACCCUCGAAUUUUAUCGAACAAUUAAAAUGCUAAAUCGAUGUUGUGCUUCAAUACCAAUCAAUCGUUGUCGGCUACUGACAGAUGUUUAAUGUCGUCCACUUUAUAUCGAUUCUGUCAAUUGGCGAAUUUAAAUCGAUUAUUUUUUAGACUGUUUAACCUCGGGGCUAGUGACGCACAAUUCAAUGAACAAACAUUCCUGGUCACUUGGGACAGUAUUUUGUGUCAUUAAAAACAUUAACUAUUUACGUAAUUGUCAACACGUCAGGUACUUCACCAUUGAACAGAAGGACAGUAGGACUAUAAAGAAUAGAUAUAUUGCAACGCAGUUCCGAGGUUAAAAAGUCUGAUUAGACUUUGCCAUUUAAAUAUUUAAGCAAUUUGUGGAAAACUACCCACAUUGCAAAGCUUUUUAUUAUGAUGAUUUCAUCAUUGCUUGCAUUGUAAGCUUGUAGACCGACCUUCUGUAUGUCAAAUUGUCAACAGUUAAAUGUUUAUGCACUACAAUGUGCAUUAAAUUAACAAUGUGACUACUAAUAUGAUUGAUGUGUUCCUCGAAGAGACAUCUACUAUGUCACACAAAUCAAUUUAUUUUAAUUGCACAUUGUAACUGUCUGUAGCACAUAUUGAAACUUUUUGUAUUCAUACGAGUAUGUUCAAUUUGUACAUGUUUCAUUGUAAAUCGUGCAGCUGUUUCUUAGUUAUAGGUUCCUAAGUACGCUUAAAUUCGAUUUAUUUAUUUAUAAUUUAUUAAAACACGUAAUUAUUUUUGAAAGAGUACAAUAUUUUGUUUUAAUAUUUUUGCCUUCAGGUAUGGUACUGAAUAGGUGCUUUGUCAUUUAAAAUAUUUAUUGUAUUUAUUUCAAAAUGUUAUCGUUAUUAAUAAAAUGUGUAAAAAUAUACGUAAAUCUUAGAGUUUAGUUAAUAUUUCUUUAAUAUGAAGUCUAAAUGCAUUUUUGUUUGUAUAGAACAAAAUGAUGUGACCUCAGUGCUGAUGACACGAUAUCGAUAAAGACUAUAAUAAUAGACUAUGUAUGAUCUAAGAUGGGGGAUUUAGAAUUAAACAUCAGUAAAAUGUCUUAUAAUGGCUUAGUUCGCUGUACUUAUCUACAUAAUUAUAACACAACAAAUACGCUGAAAAAUAUUUUUAACAAUAUAAAUUAAUAUGACAUUCAUUACAUUGCAACUCGAGCUUGUAAAGAAUUGCUGAAUGUCUUUAAAUUCAAAUUAACAAUGUUGCGAACUGAACCAGAGACAAAACAAAAUGAUCACUUGAUAUUUCAUAAUUAUUGUAUAGUACCUACAUAUACAUAUUACACUCGCCAUGCCAAAGUCAUCGAGUCAAUUACUGACUAACUAUUUCGAGGCUGUACUACUUAUGGUAGCUAACUAAUAUUCUUAUGUAAAUCAGUAGUCUAGUUUAUAGCUAAAUAUUAGUCGGUGUUAUACAUUUGCUAUUUUCAACAAUUUCAUGUUUAACAGUAAUUUCCAAUUUAAGAACUAUCAUCUUCUAAAUGAAGGCUUAGAAACAUUUUAGUAUUCAUUAUUAUGGUAUCAUAUCAUAUUUAUUGACGCACAAAACAUUUCGUUUUUAAUACGUAAUACUUUUAAAUUAGAAUAGAAUUUUACUUGCCGAAUUAACUUAUUUUUAAAAUAAUUUCAACUUUUACUCGGACGUAAAGGUUCGAAUCUCACAGAGGUUUUAUGUGAAACGUUGUUUUGGUUUGUAGUAAGAAUAGCAUAAUUUUAUUUCAUUCCAUACUUCAUACCUGCUUCCCACAAUCAUUUACCUUGUAUGUUCAUGUGCAUGUUCUAGAAUUUGGUUACGUCAAAAAUAUGGCGGAAAAAUUACAAGCAGUCUGUGUUGUUAUGCUUCUUUAUAAAAGUAGAAAAUUUUCAGUAUCUUUCUGUAGUGAUUAACAAUAGUUUUGUAAUUUAUUUAUAUUCGUAUUAAUUUAAAUUUUUUUUUUGAAGAUUUCGCAAUUUUUAUCAUUGCAACUAAUUUAAUAUUUGUGUCAACGUAUACAACUACAAUGUCGUAAUUGCGAAAAAUUCCAGGUCGAUCUGUACAACAAAAAGCUCUUCUUAUUAUCUUAUUAUAUUAACAACUUUAUUCUUAUCAAAGGCAAACAAAACGUGAAUAUCGGCCAACGACCUAUUUGUACACAUUUAGAGCUGUUUCAAUAUUUACACGAUAUUUCAGUCUCGUUAACUGUUAACGGACAAUAACAUGGUGUAAAUUCUUACUAUCAACGUGCUUGUGAUUUUUAAAAGUAGAACAAAUAUAUUUUCCUGGAUCUUAAGAUCUUUUCAUAUUCUUUAGUCUAUUUAAAGCGUAUAAGCAACGGAUCUCUUACUAAACUGCCUUAUUCGUAAAACUUCCUCGACUUGACACAUCGAAUUUGAACAUUUUGGUGGCCUAUUUGAUGUUUCGGUGUUAAAAUUCUAAAACUAUUUAGCUGCUAAUAUGACUUCUAAUAUUCUAUUCAUUUACAAAAUUAAGUCUCACAAAAUGCCUGUGUUGUAUCUAUUACAAGUAUUUGUUUAAUUUUUCUCCUAAACAAGAGAAAGAUCUUAUUUUUCUCGACUAGAUUAACUUUUGCAGUUCAUAGAUGUUUUGUUAAAGUAUCAAAGAAAUAAUUUUGAAGCAGAUAGCCUACAUUUUUUAGUGUCUAUGUGUUUACCUCACUUAUGUCUAUCUUCAUAUUAUGGAGUAUCUAAUUGUAAAAUCUUCUAUAGCUCGUGUCAUUUUAAUAUAAUUCUAUUACUUGUACAUAAAACGCAAUGCACAUUUUUCAGUUUUCCUAUUUCGAACAAUGCUCUGAACACUGUCUACGAAAAAUGUGAUCUAAUAGGUACCAAUUCCAACCAUUUUCAGAACUACUCUCAUAUUGUCUAUAAGCUUUUAUAUGUCAAUUAUUCCAGUACCUAGCAUACGUAUUCCUGUCUGUACAACGUCAUUGUCAACGUAAUCGUAACUUACACAUUGUUCAUUCAUAAAAAUCGUUAUGCUUUAAUUUGAUGUGCCCUGUAAUGAAAUUCCCAACGGUGAUAAUGGCUGCUGAACUACUUAGCACAAUUUGUUAUUUUAAUUUAUACUAUUUAACAUAUUAUGCGAUACAAGCAUUAAUUGCUCGAAAUGGUUAGAAAACCAAGCCUUGUGCUUUUAAAGGUUUGCCCAACCCUAGACUAGUUUUUUUAAUGAAACGCUGUGCUCGAUAAUGCAACAAAUAUAUUCUAUAUCCAAAACUCGCUAUACAAUAUUCUUCAGUCUGUAUGGGCAAACCUUUAAUUUAUCAUUCAGAAAGCAAAAGUUAUAUACAAAAUGGAAGAUGGAAAUGAACUUAUCGAACUCUGCCGAUUAAUCCGAGAUUAAAUUGCAAUGAGAUUAAGAAGUUUCAACUUAUUGAGUACUGGGUGAUUAUGUAAGAACGUGUCCAAUCUUCCUUUUUGUGUUAUCAACAGCAAGCAAUGCAAUAAAGUACUGUUUAUAUAAAUAUAAAGCCUUGUAAAGAGACCUAGUCUAAGACUAUGUAUCUAUUCUUAUCCCUCUAUGACCUAUGUACAAGUGAUAAGGUCUAAAGUAUUCCUUAAUAAUUUCCUUUAGAUCUCUGAUUGAUAUCGUAACAUUGUGAUCGUAAACGUAGAUAUAUAGCUUCUUUUAUUAAGCUGUAAAUAUACAUGUUUAAUGCAGUAUUGAUUUACGUACCUUUUAUAUAGAAGAAUUAGUUUAAUAUUCCAAUGUUACGUAGAUUGUAAACUUAAUCGAAAACCAGACUAUAGUAACUGUCAAUUGUGCUUAUAUGACGAACUUUUUAAAUAACAUACCCAAACUUUUCUAAAGCACGUGUUUUGCUGUUUUAUCUUAAUCGUAAACUAUUUCAAUGUAUUCUUGUAACUGCUAUAGGAACAAAAAAACGAAUGGAACUAGUGAUGUGCUAAAUCGAUUAUUUAAUAUUAUGCUCGGACAUAAUUGUUACUUAACGAAUUAGCUCAACACUAUGCUUUACAUGUAAUAUAUAAAAGACAGCAUGGACAGACAGAUUAUUGAAUUUGGGCAAACACACUUUCUUGAUUCAAUAAUUCAAAUUAGUGUAGGUACCAUGAAAUCCUAGACCCAAGUUAGUGCAAACAUUCACGACUCAAAUAAACGACAGUGGUCCCAUAUUAUAAACAUUAUUUAUACAGUUAGUACAUGAAAAAUACAUUAUAUACAGAGAAUGUACACAGAAAUGUAUAAGUCACGUAAUAAUAUUGUAAUGGUGCAAUUUGAAACCGUAAGAUCAACAUAGUUAUUGGGAAAAUAGAAUUAAUGAAUUUGUAUCGUUUUGUAUCUAGUUUGCUGUUUAGCAAACGAAGAUAAAAAUAAAAUGUAAAAAACGAA